CCCCCCAAACUGUUUUGAUCGAUUGAUUGGGUAGCUGAGCAGAAUAAUACGAGUAAAGAAAGGAGAGCAUGGGGGAUAAGAGUCGGACCCUCCCGGUCGAUCCAAAUUUGCCCCGAUGGGUCUGCCAGAAUUGCCGCCAAUCCCUCUGCGUUGUCGGCGUCGAUUCUUACGCCGACAAGUUCUCGAACGACUACUCGUCUCGCUCCGGAAUGCAGGGGUCUUCAAUUCACGGGGCCAGCAGUGUUUUAGGUUCGACACGUAUGGACAACUCUUUUGUUGUGCUACCAAAACAAAAACCCCAGCCACAAGGCAUGCCUCCUCGUCCUCGUGGUGGAGCUGGCCAGCUGGAUAUGAGCCAGCCUGGGAAGACAAUGGAAGAGUCCUUUGUGGUUGUGUAUAAGUCUGAGUCUGCAUCUGAUGGAGGUGGGACCCAUUUACCAUCAGCUGAAGGAGGAUCCAAUGGUCAUUUGCAGCCUCACAACUCUGGGUUCCACUCAACUACAACUGUGCUGAAACGUGCAUUUGAGAUUGCCUCAACCCAGAGUCAGGUUGAGCAACCUUUAUGCCUUGAAUGCAUGAGACUGUUGUCUGAUAAACUUGAUAAGGAGGUUGAAGAUGCGAGCAGAGACAUUGAAGCAUAUGAAGCCUGUCUUAAGCGCUUGGAGGGAGAGGCACGUUAUGUUCUUAGUGAAGCUGAUUUUCUUAAGGAGAAAUUGAAGGUUGAGGAAGAAGAGAGAAAACUUGAAGCAGCAAUUGAAGAAUCAGAGAAACAGAAGGCUGAAGUAAAUGCUGAACUGAAGGAGCUCGAGUUAAAAUCUAGCCGCUUUAAGGAAUUGGAGGAGCGGUAUUGGCAUGAGUACAAUAAUUUUCAGUUUCAGUUAAUUUCACAUCAGGAAGAGAGAGAUGCAAUUCUGGCAAAAAUUGAAGUUUCCCAAGCACAUUUGGAGUUGUUGAAGCGAACUAAUGUGCUCAAUGAUGCUUUCCCCAUCUGCCAGGAAGGAGAAUUUGGUACAAUUAACAAUUUUCGACUUGGACGACUUCCUAAAGUUCCGGUCGAGUGGGAUGAGAUAAAUGCCGCUUGGGGCCAAGCUUGCCUUCUCCUCCAUACAAUGUGUCAAUAUUUCCGGCCAAAGUUUCAAUAUCGAAUUAAAAUUAUUCCUAUGGGGAGCUAUCCUCGAAUUAUGGACAGCAGCAACACUACUUACGAGCUGUUUGGUCCUGUGAACUUGUUUUGGAGCACUCGCUAUGACAAAGCAAUGACAUUGUUUGCGACAUGUCUCAAGGACUUUGCUGAGUUUGCACAUUCUAAGGAUAUAGAAAACAAUAUACCUCCUGACAAACAAUUCAAGUUGCCCUAUAAGAUUGAGAACGACAAAGUGGGAAGCUAUUCCAUCACGCAAAGCUUCAACAAGCAAGAAAACUGGACCAAAGCUCUCAAGUACACCCUCUGUGAUUUGAAAUGGGCUCUCUUCUGGUUUAUAGGGAAUACAAACUUCCAGCCUCUUUCCUCAGCGCCUUCGCAUGCUGAAGUUCCAGAUGUAGGUUCUUUGUACAUAAAGCGUGGUACAGAUACCCAAGCCUGAAUACAAAAGAAAUUCAAAUUGUGCAGUUUAAAUCAUUAGUUUUUGUUUUAUUAUUUACUCGUAUGGAAUAUACAAGCAAGGGAAAGCAGAGGUUUCUAUUUUAUUUUGUAAAUAUUUUAGGGUACAAUCGAUUGAAAGAUAAUAGACCUGAUGCUCCAUCUUUUAACC